AUCGAGGCUCGACUCUCGAGCCUUUAUUUGCUGUUUUUGUUUGUCCAUCCAGGGCUCCACUGUUCACUCCACACUCCACUGAAUCACGGCAAGGAGAUUGCUUUCCAUCCCAAACACAGACGACACUAAGAGAUGGCCUGGUCCGUCGCAAAAUCCCUCUGUACGCCGGUGAUCGACAUGAGCAGAGUGCGAGCAAGGUCUCCCCUCGCUGUCGGCAUCGGCUGCGUGUCUCUCGCCGGCUCGAGCUUGUGGUUCUCUAUAUCGUCCCCAUCACGUUUAAAGCCCUUUGCAAGCUUAAGCAUUUCUGCUGACACUUGUAAAAAGGAAGCUGUUCAGACAGAAAAGGCACCUGCUGCACUGGGACCAUAUUCUCAAGCCAUCAAAGCCAAUAACAUGGUCUUUGUAUCUGGUGUUUUGGGUCUCAUCCCUGAGACUGGGAAGUUCAUUUCGGAUAGUGUUGAGGAGCAGACAGAACAGGUUCUCAAGAAUAUGGGGGAAAUAUUGAAAGCUAGUGGUGCUAGCUAUUCCUCUGUUGUUAAGACAACAAUUAUGUUGGUUGACCUGCAAGACUUCAAGAAAGUCAAUGAGAUCUAUGCUAAAUACAAGUUGGGGCUUCAGCAAUCAGCAUUUGGGAACCCAGAAGAACACUUAGCUUUGUGGAAUAGGAAGUUGGAACUGAAGAAUCUAACACAUAAAGAUGAUGCGGCAUUUGAGGACUUUCCAUCACCUGCCCCGGCCCGUUCAACAUACCAGGUGGCAGCUUUACCCUUGGGUGCCAGGAUUGAGAUUGAGUGCAUUGCAGCACUGUAGCUCCCCUAAUUUUAUCUCAACCUGCUUUGUUCAACCGUUAGAGUCUAGUGAAUAAGCAUGAAGAAGGCAUAUGACUUGUAUUCAACUGUUUCCAGAGCAUCUACCAAUAUUGAUGUCUUCAUAGAGUUAGCUCUCUACUUCUAGGAGAAAUAAUUUUGGUUAGGUUUAUAUUUAUAAUGGGAAUUGCAUUUUUGUGUGCUCUUGGAAUCCCUUCCAAUUUAGAAAGUCAAGGCUGUAACUGUAAUUGCAAAUAGCGAUUCCCUUAAUAAUUAGACACUUUAACUGAUUGAAGGUGAAUGGAGCCCUUGGAACAAUGUAAUUCA